AUGUGCCACAGUGGUCGGGUGGCGAUGUGCCACACUGGUGUGGGUGGCGAUGCGCCACAUUGGUGUUGGUGGCGAUGUGCCAAAGUGGAGGACGGGCAAAAGUGCCAAAACUCACAGGUAGGAUAA